UUUCGCGAUGGCGACACCUUUCUAUCCUGAAUGCAGACCGACGCUAGCUAUCAGGGGUGUCAUCUGCGAAACCUGGAAAUUUAUCGGAGGUUUACUGGGGUUUACUGCGAAACGCUGAAAGUUCUCGGAGGACUAGUGCAAUUUACUCUUUAAAUUAUGACCCGCAGUGCACUCAGCAGCGUUACCCCAUUUAACUACCAACAACCCGGCGAUCGCUGUAUAAAUCAACCAUAAUAUCUCCAUCAGAAGUUCUAGUUCCCCUUUCAAAAAUGUCCCUGAAGACCUUGGUGCUGUGUCUGUCCCUACUCCAAAUUCUCCUGCGUCCACAUAAAGCCUCUGCUAAAGUUACUGCAAUCAUUGUGUUCGGGGACUCUACGGUUGACGCCGGCAACAACAACGGCUUAUCGACGAUACUGAAGAGCAAUUUCGAGCCCUACGGCCGAGAUUUCGAGGGCGGGAGGCCAACCGGGAGGUUCUCGAACGGCCGGAUUCCGACGGACUUCAUAUCGGAGGCGUUCGGGCUGAAGCCGUCGGUGCCGGCCUACUUGGAUCCUGCUUACGGCAUCAAGGAUUUUGCUACUGGUGUCUGCUUUGCUUCCGCUGGAACUGGUUAUGACAAUGCCACCUCUGAUGUGCUGUCAGUAAUCCCUCUAUGGAAAGAGCUGGACUACUUCAAGGACUACCAAGCCAAGCUCAAAUCCUACUUAGGCGAUCAAAAUGCCACCGCUGUCCUCAGCGAGGCGCUCUACGUGAUGAGCAUCGGCACCAACGACUUCCUCGAGAACUACUACUCGAUCCCAGGAGGCCGAGCAGCGCAGUUCACGGUGCAACAGUACCAGGACUUCCUCGUCGGAAUCUCCGAGAGAUUCGUCGUCGAAUUGUAUCGUCUGGGGGCCCGAAAGCUCGACCUCACCGGAGUUCCUCCAAUGGGGUGCUUGCCGUUGGAGAGGGCCAUGGAUUUUAUGGCGGGAAGCGCGUGCAAUGAGGAGUAUAACAGGGUUUCGAGGGAGUUUAAUCGGAAGUUGGAGGCUUUGGUGGGAAAAUUGAAUGGGAGAUUGAAAGGGAUGAGGAUUGCUUAUGGAAAUGCGUAUGAAAUUGUUUCUCAGGUUGUCCAGAAGCCGGAUUCUUAUGGAUUUGAGAACGCAGGGGUAGCGUGUUGCGCGACUGGAGUAUUUGAGAUGGGAUACAUGUGUAACAAAAUGAACCCGUUCACCUGCACUGAUGCGAACAAGUACGUGUUUUGGGAUGCAUUUCAUCCAACUGAGAAGAUGAAUCAACUUGUAGCAAAUUAUGUUAUGAAGAACAACCUUAUGGUGUUCAUGUGAGUUUUGAUAUGUCUUAUACAUGUAGAGCCUUGUAUAAAGGUCUUGGAUCGCUAUGAUAAUAAGGGCUUGUAAUUAAUUACUCUUCUAUAUGAUUUCUAGAGAGGUUAUAUUAAUUCCUCAAUUAUGAUUAA